AUGGCGUGGCGAGACGCUUUCACACGAGUCGAGCCCGGCUCUCCUCGCCCGGCCCCGCCAGAGUCGCUCAGAACGUGGACCUCUCAAACCACGUACGGGCUGCUGGGCGGGAUGGUCUUCGGCGGCUACCGCGGCCUACUCCAAGCGCGCACUUCCACGCCCUCGCCCACCCCCACCACGUCCGCGCGGCACCGUCUGGCCGUGUUCUUCGUCCGCGAAAGCAUCCUCACCGGCGCUCGCGUCGGUCUCUUCGCGUCGGUCUUCUCCGCCGUCUCGCUCGCCGCGCACGCCUCGUACGGCGACACCACCCCGGGCACCUUCGCGGCCGCCGGCGCGCUGACCUGUGGCUUGUUCGGCAGCGCCGCAGCGGGACGCGUCGCUGUGCCGGCCGCGGCUGGUUUCGGUGCAGUAGCCGCCGGCGCGCUGGGCGUCGCACAGGCGAGUCUGGAGGACGCGUAUCAAAUUAAGGCUGGGGAGGCUCAAGGGGAAGACCUAGUAGAGACGGCGCAGGAGGGGGAGGAGCAGGGGUCCGUCGCCAUCGUUAUUAACAGACUGGAGGAGAGUUUGAAAGCGCACCCCGUAGCGAUGGCGAGGCGAGAGAAGGGAGGAAAUACGGCAGGUGACGAUGGUCUGGCUUGA